GUGGUCUCUAGUCCAGCUCCAGCAUACAUCCAUUGAAAGACUUCUAGCCAUGGCUACGUCUCAAAGCAGCAGCUUUGAAGACAGACAAGGGCCUCUUGAACCAGAGGUCCGAUUGCUGUCUGUGAGAGAGAUUGAUUCAUCAUCCCAUGCCUACCCAAUGCUGUCCCAUGACUAUCGCUAUAAUGAGAUGUUUGUGGAUGAGACUGAACUGAGGUCUAAAGUGCCCGACCCUGUGGUGCUGAGAGGAGUGGGGGGGACCACAUUAUUUGGGCUCAAUAAUAAAUUUGAUGAGCUGUACCCGUCCACACUAACAGGAAGGUUAGCUCCUGAAGAGUUCAGGACAACGGUCGGUGGUGUGAAUGCAAUUUUGAGCAAAAGUAUCCCCUUCAACUUAAAGUGGCUCAUGUGUGGCUGUCUGUGUUGCUGCUGCACACUAGGACUGUCUCUCGGCCCUGUGUUCUUUCUCAGUAAACGGACCAAAUCCCAGAUUGUAAAAUUCCUUGAGAGUGAAAAUUGGAGAUUGUAUAGUAAGCUGAACCUUAAUUGGAGGCUUCAUCGAGAGCAGUGUGAAAAUUCUAAUCUGAGACAAUUUAUUAUUCUGAUCGAGUUCGUACCAAAGCUUUCCAUAUAUGCUCCUGACUGACAACUGUUCACUUUAUGUGUGUCUCUUGUGUUUUACAUUUAUUUUCUGCAUUUACAUAAAUAAUUAAUUAACACAUACAAUCAUAGUCAAUCUGCUAUAA